UUCAUCCGAGCAGUGGAUCCGCGACGAUGAGCAGUGGGCGCGGCAGCUACUUCCCGAAAUGCAGGAAGGACGCGCAAUGCAAGUGCUCGAUGUGUGUGGAUAGCUUGAAUGCUACUCGAGAUCUUCGCCCCAGCGGCUCCUCUUCUAGGCGAGGAAUGCUUGGGCCUCUCAGAAAUGCCCUCAGCAGAGCAUUUGGAUCCCCUCUUCCUUCACCUGGAGAUCAAAGGUUUAGUAACCCCUCUCUCUUCGAUUUCUCCUCUCCGAGUGUUUCUUCCACGGCGCGCGGCGGCUCCGCGGUCCUGGAGCCAGUCUUUGAAGAGAUUGCGGCAGAGAAAUCGGUGGCCUCCUCGAAGAGGGAUUCCUUCCCCAGAUCUAGACGGAGAUGGCUCCUCUGGGUGUUAGCGGUGGCCACGGCAGUGACGAUCUUCGCAGAAAUCGUUGCGCCGGUGAUCCUGGCUCGCCAAUUUCGAGCCCAUCUCAGCCCUGGAGCAGUGAUCGAAAUGGCCACCGCGUCGAGAGCUAGAAUCAGGCCCGCGGACAGGAUAGAAUUCCUCCAGCACAGGAUCCAGCGCGUGUUUCGUGGCAAGGAGAUCUCCAAUUGCACAGGGAGCUCCACGAAGUGGACGCUUGCCGAGGAUGGAGCAUUGAUCCACUCGAGAUGCCGCCUCUACUCGUCCCCCGCGGAAGAGCUCUCCAUCUGGGGGUACCCGAUCGUCACAGCCGGUGUUCUUGGCAGGAGACCCGCGGAUCGUUUGAUGUUUGUUCUUGCCGGCCGAGUGAUCGAGUGGAAGGAGGGACAACUUGACUACACGAUCCACGAAGAAGGCGAGUGGUGGAACCACCAUCGCUGGGCAGCCUCGGUGAUCCAUCUCGACAACAACACUUGGAUCGCGCAGUACAGCGCUGGAAGCAUUGAUGCGUGGAGUUUUCUUGCGGGCGCUGGUUACAUGACAAAGAGGAUCGUCAAUUCCUGUUUAAAGUAUCGCUUCACAUUUCCUUCCACUGUAUUGACAAUUCCAACGUAGAAGAUUUUACACCCUUGUAAAGUUGACGUUAAGUUCUCUUAUCAAAUCUCGUUUCAUAUCAAUAUCAAUAUAUGAACAAUAUCAAUAUCAAUGUUUC